AUGAGGGCAAGGAAGCGACAGAAAAUGGAUGAUGAUGCAAGGCCAAACAAGAAGCCUCGCAUUGUCAAAGCUGACUCUCUUCCGUGGAAAGCUGUCUCAUUACCAGACCGCAUGGACGACUAUGAAGGAUUCUUUGGGCUCGAGGAAAUUGAUGAUGUCGACGUUAAGAGAGACGAGGCAACGGGGAAAGUCUCAUUGUGGUCAAAAGAGGACCAAACUGCCUUAACCGCAGACCACGCUUCCGCCGAUAGCGACGCUGACUCGUGGUCCGGUUUCGAAGAUGACGGCCCAGAAAUUCCCGUUCAGAAGAGCGCCAAGCAGAACCAACCAUCUAAAGUGAAGACCGCAAAGAAACAGGACAUCCAUGAAGGCGAUGACAACCCACCUAGUGCGUUCUCAGUCUUGGCAGCAAACGAAGAUGCAGCUGAUACCGAUGUCUCUGCAUGGAUGCCACUCAAACUCUCUCCAGACACCAUGGCAUCAUUAUCGAAGCUGAAGUUUUCAAACCCGACGCCAAUUCAGGAAGCUGCAAUACCAAAGAUCUUUGCAGGGCACGAUGUGAUAGGCAAGGCUUCUACUGGUUCCGGCAAGACCCUGGCAUUUGGUAUACCCAUACUAGAACGAUUCCUGGAAAAGAUAUCUGAGCGAGAGAAGCUGGAGCAAAGCACACCGAUAGCGCUCAUCUUAUCGCCGACUCGGGAGCUGGCACAUCAAUUGAACAGCCAUUUGGCAGCUUUAUUUGAUGGUCUAGAUGCUAAGAAGCCAACAAUAGCCACUCUGACUGGAGGUCUAUCACUACAAAAGCAACAGAGGCUUCUGAGAGACGCGGACGUGGUGAUUGGAACUCCUGGUCGCCUGUGGGAGGUCAUCGGAUCUGGCAAGGGUGUCGCGGCAGCUCUGAAGCAGAUCGAAUUUUUGGUAGUCGACGAGGCGGACAGGCUGCUCAGUGAGGGUCAUUUCAAGGAAGUGGAAGAGAUUUUGAACGCCUUGGACCGAGAAGAUCAAGACGAAGAACACCAGGAAGUGCCAGACUCCAGUCAUGCUGUCAAAUCUCCCAAAGAGCGCCAGACCUUGGUAUUUUCGGCAACAUUUGAUCGAGGCCUGCAAAAGAAGCUUGUCGGCAAAAUCAGCUCCAAGAGAGAUCUACUCCAUAACAAAGAAGCGAUGGAGUAUCUCAUGUCGAAGCUGAAUUUCAGGGAAGACAUUCCUCAGUUCAUUGAUGUCAACCCCGUCAAUCAGCUCGCGACCGGUCUCAAAGAGGGCUUGAUAGAGUGCUCGGGCACGGAGAAGGAUCUCUAUCUCUACACGCUACUUCUUCUAUCCUCUACCAAGCGAGCUAUGGUGUUUACAAAUUCCAUCAGCGCUGUUCGCCGCAUUGCACCGCUUCUGCAAAAUUUGAACGUCAACGCCCUUGCGCUCCACUCCGGAAUGGCACAGAAGGCUCGCCUGCGGAGUGUCGAGAGAUUCAGUCAGAGCAAGGAUAAAGUCGUUCUCAUUGCCACCGACGUCGCAGCCAGGGGUCUUGACAUUUCGAAUGUAGAUCUUGUGAUACAUUAUCAUCUGCCAAGAGCGGCCGAUACCUAUGUUCAUCGCUCAGGAAGAACAGCUCGCGCUGGGCAGCAGGGCUCCUCCAUCCUAAUAUGUGGACCGGAGGAAGUCGCGGGAGUUCGACGACUGGUGGCGAAAGUGCACGCUCAAUCAGCUGCUUCGGACGGAAAGCAAGGCUACUAUAUCCGGACUCUGGACAUUGAUCGUCGGAUAGUGACAAGACUCAAGAAGAGGCUUACGCUGGCGAAGAAGCUUGCGGACGCGACCAUUGCCAAGGAGAAGUCGCACAAGGAAGACGAUACGAUGCGCUCCUGGGCCGAGGAACUCGGCGUCGAUUAUGAUAGUGAGGAAUUUGCGGAACAAGAAAAAGGCAAGCGCGGCCGGGGCAGUGGCAGAAAGAAGAAGGAACGGGAGGCUCGCGGCUGGACUAAAGCUGAAUUAGGCGCUUUGAAGGCUGAGCUGAAGAGUUUACUUGCUCAACGAGUAAACGUAGGCGUGAGCGAGCGAUACCUCACUUCUGGUCGAGUCGACGUCGAUGAGCUUCUCCGCCAACAGGAAGAGGGUGGUAAGACAGGAGAGUUCCUGGGCACAGUCGACCCACUCGGACUUGGAGAUCUGAAUUGA